CCCCGCUACCGGGACGCGGAGAUCGUGCGGACGCGGGACCCGCAGCUCUUGGCCGCCUGUGACGUGGUGGUGGACGUGGGGGGCGAGUACGACCCGGGGCGGCACCGCUACGACCACCACCAGAGGUCCUUCACGGAGUCCAUGCGGAGCCUGCGGCCGGACAAGCCCUGGAGCACGAAGCUGAGCAGCGCCGGGCUCGUCUAUUGUCAUUUCGGGUCCCAGAUCCUCGCGGGGCUCCUGGGGCAGCCCGAGGAUGGGCCCGUGGUCACAGCGCUCUAUGACAAGCUGUACGAGAACUUUGUGGAGGAGGUCGAUGCUAUGGACAACGGGAUUGCGCCAGCGGCGGGGGAGCCGCGCUACGCCCUGAGCACCACUCUGAGUGCCCGUGUGGGGCAUCUGAACCCCCGCUGGAACGACCCCGACCAGGACACCGAGGCGGGGUUCAGGAGGGCCAUGGAGCUGGCAGGCAGCGAGUUCCUGCAGCGCCUGGACUUCUACCACCGGGCCUGGCUGCCAGCAAGGGCGCUGGUGGAAGAGGCUGUCCGGCACCGCUUCGAGGUGGAUGCCAGUGGGCAGGUCCUGGAGCUGUCCCAGGGUGGCUGUCCCUGGAAGGAGCACCUGUUCCAGCUGGAGCGGGAGCUGGCCCUGCCCAAGCCACUGCAGCUCGUGCUGUUCCCGGACCGGGGCGGGCAGUGGCGGGUGCAGAGCGUCCCCACAGCCCCCCACAGCUUCCAGAGUCGGCUCCCCCUGCCCGAGGCCUGGCGGGGACUCCGGGAUGAGGCGCUCUCGGAGCUGGCUGGAAUUCCCGGCUGCAUCUUCGUCCACGCCAGCGGCUUCAUCGGGGGGAACCAGACCCGGGAGGGGGCAUUGGAGAUGGCCCGAAGGGCACUGGAGCUUGGGGGGGGCACUGAGAGCACGUGAGCCCCCUCCCCAGCAGGGACACCCCAAAAGGGGCCCAGUGUGGGGUCCCAGGAAUGCUGCAGGGACCGUUUUCACACAGAUCCUAGAUUCUCCAAGGGAUUUGCUGUGCUGGGGGUGGGAGCAGCAGCUGCUGGGAGUCUCAGAGCACCCAGCCCUGUGCUGCAUGGGUGCCAGCCCAGCCAGAGACUUUUUGGCUCCAUUUUCUGGGAGCUUGUCCCCAUUCCUGUCAUGUCCCUGCACCGAGGUGCUGCCAGCAUCAGUAAAAACCAGUGUGUGCCCAGUG